UCAAAUGUACACUUCGACUCCUGUCCAUGAUGCUCCCGCCUCGUUCUGACCGCAGCUGUAGUGAUAUCCUCUGCCUGUGACUCACACUUACCCCAUCCACUAGUCAAGCGUUGCGUUGGUCCUCUGCGCUUCAGCGCGCGUCCCUCACGCUGCCUCGCGUCGUGUCCGCACACUAUAUGGCGCGCUCGCGAGGCCACGGCGUGGCGCUGCUGUCGCUAGUAGCGCUGCUAGUCCUGGGGCCGAUUCCUCCUGUCUCGCCAUCCGUCGAUGCUCCCACGCUGCACGAGUGCGAUACCUCCGACCCCCUAUUCUCGCCGCUCCCUCUCUCCACAGACCACGCGCACCGCUACCACCGCCCGCCGCACCUGUGCUGGAGCAAGGGGGAGAUCCCGUGCUAUGCGGGCAGCCAUGGCAUGGCGGCGCGGUCCGAGACGCUCAAGCGCAAGCUGCGCGCGUACCAGGAGUACCGGCGCGACUGCGACAUGAAGGAGAACGUGACCGCGUUAAAGAAGAAGCUUAGAGCGGGGAACGCCACCGAGUGCAAGUACCUUCUAUGGCACUUUAGGCCCGGGGACGGGCAGGGCAACCAGUACAUCUCCCUCGUGUCCGCGUUUGUGUACGCCCUGCUGACGAACAGGGUGUUCCUGCUCUUAACGGAGCUGGGUCCGGGGAAGCUGAUGUGCCAGCCGUUCGAGGGCCCGCAGUGGUUCGUGUACUCGGAUGUGAAGGAUGAGUUGUGGGACGCGACGCUGGUGGGCAUCCGCAUCUCGUACCAGUACUUCCCCGACCGAGUCACGGCCAUUGAGAAUGGCACCAGCGAUACCAUGGACGUGCCCAACAUCGCGGCCGUCAGCCUGCACCACAACAUGCCGAACACGAGCAUUUUCUUCUGCGAGUCAGAGCAGCGCUGGCUCUCCCAGGUGCCCUCCAUCCUGCUCCUAGCCAACCAGUACUACCUCCCCGCGCUCUUCUACCACCCCUCCUUCCGCCGCCACAUCAAAGACCUCUUCCCCUCGGGCCGGAUAUUCCAGACUGUCUCUCAGCUCAUAAUGUUCCCCAAUAACCGCCUCUGGGCGGCCAUAACGGACAACAUCCACCGCCGGGCGGCGCCAGCCGCUGCCAGGUUGGGGCUCCAGCUGCGGCACUGCAGCGAGGGGAUUAUAGCGCAGGCAGCAGAGUGUGUGGUGCAGGUGGUGCAGGGGGAGGUGGUGGAAGCCGCGAGGAGAGUGAGGGUGAAAGGGGUGGCGGAGAGAGACGUGGCAGUGGAGCCUGGUGGACUGGGGGGAGGUGGGGAAGGUGUGGGGGGAGGAGGCGCGGGGGGAGGGGUUGAGGGUGCUGCAGGGGUGGGGAGUGGGGGAGUGGGGCAGGUGAGUGGCGAACCGACAGCGUAUGGCAUGGGUAUGGCUUCAGAGGAAGGCACUGCUGCUGCUGUUGCCGCCGCUCUGGCGUUUGACGGGGGGGCUUCGCCUUCUGCUGCUGGAGUUGCGGCUCCAGGAGACAGCAGCAGCAAUAGCGGCACCACGAGCGGCAGUGGAGGCAGCGUGGGGGGCUCGACAGUUGUGCUGAUUGCUGCUCUGGAUGAGUACGCUCCGUACAAUCUCUCACUGCUGCUCUUCCCACCGGCUUCCUCCCCUCAACUCACGUACACCAAGAUCAUUGUCACAGACCACAGCAGCAACGGCAGCAGCAGCGAAACCAGCAGCAGCAACGGCAGCAGCGAAAGCAGCACGGGUACGAGCAACGACACCCAGACAGAUCCUCCUGCCACUGCCAACAGCACCGCUGCAGCAACCCCAACAAGCACAGACACCCCCGACAACAGCACUGCUACCCUAGACCUCGCUCCGGUAAGCACAGUCCUCAGCAUCCCUGCCAGCAGCAGCAACAUCACCAACAGCACCAUCAUCAGCAACGGCACGCUGUCUCUGGACCGCCUGACCACGGAGACAUGGCAGAGCGGGCUGGACCCCGAGCUGGAGCACGCUGUCAUCGACAUCUACACCGUGGCCCUCGCGUCCGACGCCAUCCUCGUCUUCCCCUCCUCCACCUUUGGCUACCUCCUCGCAGGGCUCUUCGCCCGCCCGGCGUUCUUUGUCGCACACAACUGCCAGCCCGCGCCGCUCGAGCCGUGUUACCACCACCCCCCGCAACCGCACCAGUGCGCUGCGGGCGGGCAGGCCAUUGGGGGGGCGUACAAUGAAUCGGACCCAGACCUUCCUUUCAGCAGGUGCCCGGAUAUGCCCAACGGAAUGUCCUUGCUAUAUACAGGAAAGGUUCCUUGAUUUCUUGGAGCACAUUAUAUUGAUCAAAAUUGGUUUGGUUGAGUCGGCUUCCAGGUGGGCCAAACCGAAAGCGUUCAUACUGCUGUGCUGUACCAUGAUACUAUUACUGUGCCUU